UCCGUGUUUUAAAUGGAAAACCGGCUUACUGUAACAAAUAUGCAGAAAUGUGCCGGCUUUCUUACCAUCUUUUAUUUUUUCGUGUAUCUCAGAAUUAACUCCACCCAUCCUUUUCAUAGAGAUAAUGUAACGAAAGUUGGACAUCAGACUUAUCCUAAUAUGAGCCAAAGAUGUGUCUUAAUGGAAAGGACAAAGACGAUGGCGUCUAAUCUGGAAAACACACUGCGAAGAUUCAAAGACUCUACGCAAGACUUCGGGAAAAGUAUUUACGAUCAUUUAAAUACUGGAAUCAAAACCCUGGCUAAUCGAGAUGCCAUAACCGAAGAUGAAAUAAGACAAUACGAAGAAUUAGUUAUAAUGAAAAAACAUCCUUAUAUAGACUUAAAAGCGUUAGAAAUGAAAUAUAGUCCUUUGCCUUCCAAAAACACAAGGCAAAGUGCGACGUUUGUUGUGGAUCGAAGAAUACAAAAUGAACCUGGUAUUAAUUGUGACACGGUAGAAGAAUUGCUAAAUGUCGAAAUAAUAAAUCGUGGAUUGUCUGGGUUUUUCAUACCUUCUCUUCUUGCAAAGCAUACAGAAUCUGCUGAUAGCAAAUUAGUAAAUAACGUAAGAAAAAUUAACAUGGCAAAUGAGAUCAAUACAUUUACAGUAGGAUUGCCUUCAGAUCGUAAUGUUAUAAAAAGCCUGAAAGAUGACAUAAAAGCUUAUAUGGAACGUAAAGGCACGGAAUAA